AGACCUACCAAAAUUACGUUCUAAGCCGCCAAAUGGCGCAAGCUGCACGCGAGCGUUUUGCAAAGAAAAAUGAGGCCGAAGACCUUCUCAGAGCUUUUCGGAGGUUGGAUACCAGAGGUGAUGGUAAAAUUGACGCAGACGAGUUAAGUUCCGUCUUCCGUAUUCUUGGUCACACAGCGAAAAAGACCGAGAUUGAAGAUAUGAUAUGGGAGGUUGAUGAUGACUGCGAUAUGUGCGUAAAUUGGCCGGAGUUUCAGACGAUGUACAACCGGUGCAGACAGGAUAAAACAGGAUAUGAACCCCGUAGGCUGUUCAAUGUAGUAGAAUUUUUAAUGAAUGACAAAGAUGAUAGUGGGACGGUAUCUAUCGAAGAAGCUAUGCAGAUUUUGUACCUUCGGUUUGGCAAAGGAUUACUUGACUCGCACCUAGAAGAUAUGUUUGGCACCUCUGAUGCUAACAGCACAAGUGACUUGACUCUCACUGAGUUUCUGAACAGCUUGCACUUGUCUCAAGCAAAGCAUCUGCGAUCUACUGCGAAGAGUCAUCAACAAAAGCGUUAGAGUAGAAGCCUCAAUGUUGUGCUAAACGCGAGUAUGCCCGUUUAGUAUUGAGCAGGUUGUGAAACUGUGACGCUUGCCCUAGAUUUUAUGCAGUGAAGUACGUUGUAGUUACAACCGGAUGUAGACUAGAAGGUACCGAAAUACGUCCAGAAGUACAUCUGAAAGAAAUUUUCAUUAGCCCUAGUUUAGAGCACCUUUUCGAUUGGUUGUGAAAUUUUGAAUACGUUAAAGGGCUAUUUUAAAAAAGGCAGGCAUAAACGACUACUGUGUCUAUGGCACCGUCGGCUAAGUUCCAUAUUAGUCUGUACAAAAAAACAAAAGUUGCUUGUUCCGCC